AUGCCACCAAAGAAAAGUAAAAUACAUAUAAACGAAAAUGAAUUAAAAGAAAAUAAUGAUAAUAAUAAAGAAAAUAUAAUAAAACAACAAAUAAAUGAAGGUAAAUAUCAAAUAAUUGAUAAAUCGUUUGAAGUACUUGAACCAUUUUUUCAAAAAAUAGAACAAAGGAAAGGAUUUGGAAUGAAAGAAGCAAUUAUAUAUCAUUCAGAAAUCUUUGAUUUAUAUAUUAAAUUAGACACAGGAAUUAAUGAAGAAUUAAAUAACUAUAUUAAACAAAAAAUUGAAGAACGAAUAACAAAAUUAUUUAAUUAUUUUAGUGAGUUUGUAAUGCAAAAGUCAUUAGAUAAAUUUGUUUCAUCAUUAAGAGAUACACUUGAUUUAAUAAAAAUUGUAUCACCAGAGAUUAUAAGAGUAUUUAGUUCAUAUGAUGAAAGUGUUGGAAUUAAUGAACAAGUUACAACAUUAAUUAAAAGAAAACGAAUAGAAUUUAUUAAAAGUAUUAAAGAUAAAAUGGAUAUAAUAGACAAAUUAGUAGAAGUAUGGAGAUUAUCAAGAAAAGGAGAAAGUGUUGAUGUUUCAGUUGUAUGUGAUGUUUUAGAGUUUUAUAAAGAAUAUCUUCCAUCAUUACAAGAAUAUAAAAAAAUGUCAAAAGAGUUUUAUGAUACUCUUAUAAUUAAAUCUAUUGAUAAAUAUAAAGAAAUUAGUGAUGUAUAUUAUCAAAAUGGAUUAAAAAAAUAUCUUGAAUUAUUUGGAUGUUUUUAUUGUGAAGAAAAAGAUAGAAUAAAAAGAGGAAGAAUUGAUAAUAAUGUUGAAGAAAUAUUAUUAACAAAUUUAUUAAAAAUUAUUAAAAAACAAGAAAAUAAAGUUAAUAGUAGUAUUGAAGAAAUUGUCAGAGAUAAAAACUUUGCAUUACUUAAAAGAAUUGAUGAACUUUUUAUUGAAAAUAAUCAAGAAACAGUAUUAAAUAAUACAGUUAAAAGUAUUAAAAGUCUUUUAUUAAAUAUGAUUAUUGGUAAAAUAAGUUUAGAUAAUAUUAAAGAAUCUGUUGAAUUAAUUAUUGAAAUAUUUAAUCUUUGGAAACAAUUCUUUCAUUGCUUUAAUUGUAAAGGAAAAGCUAAAAUGGAAAAUUUAUUUAAAGAAGUACUUAUAGAACAAUCAAAUUAUAUAAACGAUAAAGAUAAUAUCAUUAUUCCUACUUUACUCUCUCGUUAUAUUAAUUUAAUUAUUAGAAAAAAUAGUAUGGUAUGUGUAGAUAGUGAUUCAGUUAAUAAUACAAUAGAAAUUGUUUUUAAAAUUGGUGAAUUUAUUGUUAACAAAGAUAUUUUCUGUCAUUUCAUUUGUAAAAACUUUAUUGAACGAUUAAUUUUAAUGAAUAGUAAUGAAGAAAAUGAAGAAAUAUUAAUGAAACAUAUGAGAAAUUUUGACCGUCUUGGAGUAAUGAAAAUGAUUAAAAUUCAAACAGAAUAUAAUCAAUCUAUUGGUUAUAGUCAACAAUAUUCACAAGAAUCAAAAUCAAAUAAUUUUAAUUGUCUUGUUUUCGGUGGAUUAAAUGUAUAUUUAAAAGAUAAAUAUCAAAUGAAAAUUGACUCAAUGACAACUGAAAGAUUUGACUCUUUUACAAGAUUUUAUAUUAAAAAGAAACCAACUCAAAAAUUGACAAUGUGUCUUGAAAAGUCAAGUGGAAUAAUUAAAUAUAACCAAAAGUAUUUUAUAACUGCAACAUUACCUCAAAUGAUGAUUUUAUUAUUAUUUAAUACUCAUAACAUAUUAAAAAUUUCAGAAAUUGCUCUAGAUUUAAAUCUUCCUUCUUCUUUUGUUAAAAAUGCUAUCAGUGGAAUUAUUCAUAAACAAGUCCUUUGUCAAAAUACUAGUCUUAUUGAAAAUGAAACUCAAGUUUCUGUAAAUACAAACUUUAAUCUUAAAGUAAGAAAAAUUUCAGUAAUGAUGGUAUUGAAAAAGUUGAUUAGCCAAACCCAACAAGAACAAAUAAAAAAAGAUGAUAAUGAUGAAGAUGAAAUACUUAAAUUGAGAGAAAAUCUCUUAAAAUGUACAAUUGUUAGAAUUAUGAAACACUCAAAAGUUAUGAGUUGUCAACAACUAAUUCAACAAACAAUUACUGUUGUACAAAAAACUUUUAAAGCUCAUGUGAAUGUCAUCAGAAGAGUGAUUGAAAUAUUGAUUGAUCAAAAUUUUUUAAUGAGAGAUGGACAAGAUAUUCAAUAUGUUGCUUAA